CUGCCGAGUAUAGAAAUGAGGUCCUGUCUGCAUGCGGAUCAGUCGCUUGUGGGAUGACCACAGAUGAAUGCACAAGAUGAAGUUGAUUCAAAGUCUUUUCCUCUGUUCUCUGGCACAUUUUCACUGGACCCUCCACGUCACCUCGGAGGACACACCGACCUUUGGCUCGAAAAAUAUCCCCAGACUUCUGAGUCAAGAUGUCAUCAAAGGAAGAUUUGUCUACCCAAUCCAUCAAAACCACACUGUUUUAAUUUAUCAUGAAGACUCAGGGGAGAUUUAUGUCGGGGGAACUGACUUUGUGUUCAAGCUUGACUUGGACCGCUAUCAAAUCGCUCAGGAAAUUCAUCUCCCGGCCACAGAGGAAGAGCAGUGCCAGGAGGGCCCUUGUGAAAAUAUCAUCACUGUCAUUGAGAAGUUUGGGGACACUCUGUUUGUCUGCGGGAGCAACGGACAAAGGCCUCACUGCUGGAGACUUGUGAGUUCUUCUGCGGCGGUGGUGAAGCAUCAGGACGGGACGGGCAUCUCUCCGUUUACGUACACCCAGAACUCGCUGUCUCUCCGAGUUGAGGGCGAUCUCUACGCUGCAGCGCCGCUGGAUACUGAUGGAAGCUCUUUGCAGUUCAGAAGGAAAGCAGGCAGGAGAGCAAAUGUCUGGAUGUACGACAGUUGGGUUUCAGAGCCCACAUUUGUCUCUGCCUCCUGGGUUAAGAGGAAAGAGGACCCCGAAAAUGAAAAGAUCUACAUCUUUUUCCGGGAGAAGAACUCUGACCAAAACCCGGAGGCCGAUCCGUGGAUUUCCAGAGUGGCCAGAGUUUGUAAGACUGACGAAGGCGGAUCCAAGCGAUUUUUCCAGAACACAUGGACAUCUUUCCUCAAGGCUCGUUUGGUGUGCGGCUUCCCAGAGGAGUCCUUGUAUUUCAACCGCCUGCAGGACAUCUAUGUGCAGCAUGCCGAAGACUGGCGGGACACAAGGGUGUAUGCCCUCUUCACCAGCAGCUGGAACGCCACUGCAGUCUGUAUUUAUUCCAUGGAAACUAUUGAGGGCAUUUUUAACAACUCCACCUUCAAGGGCUAUGACAAGGCUAUUCCGGAACCAAGGCCAGGAACUUGUGUUCGCAACAGCCGCCUACUGCCACUGGCCACCGUCAGCGUGGUGAGGGACCAUCCGGAAAUGAGCGACUGGGUCCACUCGGUGCACUACGUGAAUCCGUUCUACGUCAGCAACGAAAACUACACCAAGAUCGUUGUGGACCGCGUCCAGGCGGCGGACCAGAGUGUGUACAGCGUUCUGCUACUGGCCACUGACUCUGGAAAGAUCCAUAAAAUUCUCGAGUCGGGAUUGGAACCUUUCAUCAUCUCCCAAACGCAAAUUCCCAGUCAGUCCAGCCUACAGUCGAUGAAACUGGACUCCAAAAAGAAAAAACUAGUCGUGAGUUUUGCAGAGGAAAUUUCUGUGAUGGACCUCCGGAGUUGUUACGAGUAUAACAAAUCCUGCGGAGACUGCGUAUUAGCUCGGGACCCCUAUUGCUCCUGGACUCCAUCUGGAUGCACCCCGACAGUCCUUGAGGGCAUUCAAAAUAUUAUUGAUGGGAAAACAAGUGUGUGUUCUGCAUCCACAUCAGAACAUAAUCAAGUCAACCGGAGCAGAAGGAAUGCAGCAUCGUCCCUAGAUAAGGAUUUGUUGACUCUGCAUACUGUCCCUAUGGGCGUCCCUUUUUACCUGUCGUGUCCGAUUGACUCUUACCAUGCCGUCUACAUGUGGAAACACAAAGACCAAAGCAGCCCUUGCCUACAGAUGCACUCCAACUGCCUGCUCCUCAUCCCCGCCAUGAACCACGAGAGCUACGGCACCUACGAGUGUGUCUCGGAAGAGAGGGACUACGUCAAGGUGGUGAAGGGAUAUCAUCUCACGGAGCAAAGGGGUCCACGUAGGAACGCAGAGCGAGGUAAAGCAUCGGCUGUAGCAGCACAGACAUUGUGGAUCACACUUGGACUUGGCCUUAUACCGUUUUUAAACUGAAUGCCAAGUUACCGACUGAAAAUGUGGCUUUGACAUAUUCAGCCCAUGUUCAUCCAGCUAAGAAACUAAUCGAACCUCCCAUCUCUGUCCUGUCAUUCCUUGACACUAAUUAUUACUUUCCUGUUAGAGAAGGCUGUGGCGUCGUUUUGUGGCAUUACAAAAAGAGACGCAAAAAUGCUAAAAUUCUGCAAAGAGGAUAGCUGAGGAUAAGGGUCCAGGGGAACCCCCCCCCCCCCCACACACACAAAAUAACGAACCGAGACUAGACCAUUCUUUCCAUAUAAUUGAUAGAUAUUUUUGCUUGCUUUCCAAAUUGGUUAGCUUUUUCAAUGAAGCAUUUUAAGUCCCGAGAAAGUGUCAGUCUUUAAAAUUUUACACAGCAGACAAAAAAGUGGUCUUAACAACCCUGCCAAAUUUGAAUCAAUCAAAAAAAAAAAACGCCAGCUGUGACGUUAAACUUGUUGGGGGAAAAAAAAAAUCCCUCUUCACUCUUGCGCCAUUCUUUCCAUGAUGUGCGCAUCCUCAGUGCAGACAGCAUGGCUUAGCAAGAAAUGAUACCCCCCUCCGAAAAAAAUCAGGAAACCUGAAAUGCUGAAAAACGUACAGUAAUUCUCAGUUUUUAAAUGCACUUUCAGCAAUUAUAGUCAAACAUAUAUGAUGUAUUUAGAUAUGAAACUCUGAAUUCACUACAGAGUCUUGAAUUAGCUUUCGGAAUAGUCUGGUAGGGGCCCCCUGGCAGUUAGUUUUAACCGACAUUGCCCAAUCCAAGUGGAGUGCUGAAAAUAUGUUGUUAACCCCUUCAUGCACCUUGUAACCUCAUACCAUGAUAAGCUGUCCACUCUAGUAACCGCAGCAAAAAAAAAAAAAAACGCUAAAAGACCAAGUCAAUGAAUGUAAAGUAUGACCUGGUCGGUCCACUUCUUCGUCAGUGAUCCAGGGUCGCCGUGACAGCGACAGAGAUGCCAGUGUAGCCUCGACAUCAUUUUUGCCACUGAUAUUUUCAGCUGAAACUGAAGGAAAUCCCAUUGUGUGUGUAUGUGUGUCCUCUUUGCCCUCAGCUUCAUCCACACAGUGAGUGAGUGCUCUGGAGUGCAUGUUCCCAAACAGUGAGUCUCACGCAUGUUCGAGACAGGUGGUUUAGUCCACAAGGAGCGCGCAGUCUGGCUCUCUUCCAGCCAAUUGAGCGAGUUUAUUGUGUGCAGAAGGGAGUCCUUUGAUGAAUUUCCUUGUUUUGUUCCCCCCACCACCACCACCUACCUCUGCUGAGAACAACUCACGGACAAGGAGGCCUUUGUUAAAUGUGCAAUAAGACAGCCUUUGUUAGGGAGUCGACAAUGUCUAACCACUUCAAUAAUAUACAUUUUAUUUCAACUACUAAUGAUCAUGUUUCUUGCACUAUCGUAAGUAUAUUUGUACAUGUGUAAAGAUUAUGCCGGGAUAAAGAUAAAUUAUACUCCAUAUUUAUUUGCACAUUGUAUUUUGGGCACAAACCUUACCAUGACGUUAACAUUGUCACUUAAAGGGAAACUAAAUGCUAAAAAAUUUUCUUUGCAAGCAAUGUCAUAUGUGCCCCUACAGUGUAAACGCUGUAUUCUAUUAGUAUUACAAGUGUGGAAUAAGAAUCAAUCAAGCAGACAAAGCCAUCCUUUUUCAUCCAUCUCAGGGCCGCCAUUUUGGCCAAAACCGCCCUCUACUGAUGACUGAGAUCGACAUCACAGCUUCCCUCAGGCUCGCAUUGCAAACAUCACGGUCACAUAACCAACAAGCGCAUUGUGAGCCGAAAAUGCCGACCCCUGAGGUGGACUGAUUAAUCUGUUUGAUUCCACAAAUGUAAUAUUAAUCAGAAUGCUAUGUUUAGCUAAUAGUGGCGCAUUUAACAUACUGUUGCCAAUAUUUUUUUUUUGCAAUUAUUCCCCUUUGUCUUUUUUUUUUUGCAUUGUCAAUUAAUGUAUUGUCUCUGUCCAUGGAAGAGCAUGAAUGAAAGCUUUCUUUAAAUAAAUAAUUUUAUUUAUUUGCAAAAUGUUCAUAUAUAUGUAUAUUCAGCAAAAUGUAGUGAUACACGCUUCACCAAAACUGUCUGAUUCUAUGAUAUAUAUAUAUAUAUAUAUAUAUAUAUAUAUAUAUAUAUAUAUAUAUAUAUAUAUAUAUAUAUAUAUAUAUAUGUAUAUAUAAUAUACCUGUGUGUGUGUGUGUAUAUGUAUGUAUAUAUGUGUAUAUAUGCAUAUAUAUAUAUAUAUAUGUAUAUAGAAAACAAGCACAGUAAUCACAUGAAGAUUUUGCUUUAUUGUUGCAAUAAAAAAAACCAUGAGAAUCUAAUUGGUCCAAGCAAGUGAAUUCUCGAUACUGUGAGUGAGUGCUUCACAUUCACACAUUCACAAUGUAACGGUGAACCUAUUAUUAUUUUUUUUAUUAUUAUCAAUUUAUUUCACAACAAGCAGGAGCAACACGAGUGUACAGUUAAUCUAAAAAGAGGUUUCAAACUAUUUAUUACCACUCCCAGUUGAAGUUCACGGUCAAAUUAAAUGUCAAACACAUCUAUUCUUUAUCAUCUUUGCAGAAUGACUAAUAUGAGUACCAUACGGAUGAGCUGAACCAUCUCAAUAAACAGUAUGCCCGUAUGUCUGUC